GAGUGUUAGGUACUAGGCAGGCUGUUGAUAGCAACAGAAAACAGUCAUACAUAUCCUUUACAACUAGAAACACACUACACAGUGCAGGAAUCUGCUUAUCUUCUGAAGCAAAGCAAGUAAUAUGGAGAAAUAUUGUGGAUUGAGAACUUGUAUAGAAGGAGGGGGCUUUAUACCUGUACCUCUAGUAGGCGUUGAGAUCACCAGCAGGCUAGUCAACUUUACUGCUGAGGUCACUGUUCUGCAGAAGUACACCAAUAAGGAGGAGAAUCCUAUAGAGUGUGAGUACUUCUUCCCCAUAGAGGAGGAGUCCACCGUGGUCGGGUUCAGGGCGGAGAUAGAUGACAGGGUUCUAGUCUCACAGGUUAAAACAAGUGUUUCUGCCAAGAAUGAUUAUGAUGAAGCUGUAUCUGAGGGUAGAACUGCUUUCCUCAUGGAGUCUACACGACCUGACAUUCUUCAGAUCUCUGUCGGUCAUCUAGCUCCAGGUUCUACCUGCUCUGUCUCUAUCACCUAUAUCUCUGAGGUGCCCCUAGAGAUAGGAAGAGCAAGGUUAACUAUCCCAACUACGAUAUCUCCAAAAUAUAUUCCCUUCACUGACGGUUCCAAGGAAGCUAAGCGUAUAGCAUCAAUACAAUAUGAUUUUAAGAGCCCGGCUAAACUCAGCUUUAAACUAAAAACAACCAUGAAGAGUAGGAUAGAGAAGGUAACCAGUCCUAGUCAUGAUAUUAACACUACUGGAGGUAAAGAGGUGGUUAUUGAAGGAUUCUAUACAGCUGAAACUACUCUUGAAUCUUCAACUGUAGAUCUAGACCGGGAUAUUGUUAUUCUAGUAGAGUGUGAGGAUCCAAACAAAUCUAUCAUUUUUGUUGAGGAGACAGAUGAAUCCAAGGUAAUGAUGAUUUCCCUUGUUCCUAAGCUGGAGGCAAUCACCCAGCCUGAUCUAGAUAUUGUGUUCCUUAUUGACUGCUCAGGGUCCAUGAUGGGGAGCAGUAUACAGCUAGCCAAGGAGGCAAUUAACAUCCUUCUCCACUCUCUACCAGCCUCUGUACACUUUAAUAUCAUCAGGUUUGGAAGCAGUUAUAAGAUGCUUUUUCCAGAGAGCAGAAAGUAUUCUGACCAAACACUACGAGAAGCUAAGUCAGCUAUGUCUAAGCUUGAAGCAGAUUUAGGUGGAACUGAGAUUUUAUCUCCACUCCGUGUUCUACUGGAGGAGAAGACAAAGGUUCCCAGAAGAAUAUUUAUUCUGACGGAUGGAUCUGUUUCCAACAGCUCCGAGUGUAUCAAGGUUACAAGGAAGAACAACAAGAAGAACCGUGUGUUUACUCUCGGUAUAGGUUCAGGUGCUGACCGACAUCUAGUGAAGGGUUUGGCUAGAUCUGGUCUAGGAACCUCAGUUUUUACAGUAGAAGGUGAGAUUAUGGCUCCUAAGAUCAUUAAACAGUUGAAGAACUGUCUUCAACCUAGUUUUGAGAAUGCAGAAAUUAACUGGGGUGAUGAGGUUGGUCCAGGGAACUCAUGCCAGGCUCCGUCCACCAUUCCUCCUAUCUACGAUGGUUCUCGGAUACAAGUAUUUCGUCUCUUUGAGAAGAGUAUUUCUGUUCCUGACUUGGUUAAAGUAUCAGCUGAGAUCCUUGCCUCCAGAUCCAAAGAUGCAUCAUUCUCAGAGGAGAUCAAGGUUGAGACAACCCUUAUGAAGGACUCCCUGCUGCACAAGAUGUUUGGAAGGAAGAUGAUCCAGGAGCUGGAGGAGAACUAUGAAGAGAAGGAGGAGGGGGAGAUAAAAAACCUAGUCACCGAUCUUUCCCUGAAAUAUCAGAUUAUGUCCAAGUUUACUUCUUUUAUAGCUGUGGAUACCAAGGAAAACAAGGGGGAGAAGAAGAUGGUUAAACGACAUGUUGCAAACCAGGUUCCUCAAGGUUUCGGGAUAAUGAUGAUGUGCAGCGUACCUGCUCCAAUGAUGCGCUGUGCAUCUUCUCGAAUGCCGACUUCUAGCAAUCAGUCAAGAUCAAGAUCAAUCCGAAGCUUCCUUCCCAAUAUGAAGCAGAAAAAGAAAUCAAAGAAAAUUGAGUCUUAUUCUUCAGAGAUGGACUACUGUGAUGCUGACAUGGAUACAGCAGAGUGUAUGAAUAUGGAAGUAUUGGCUGAUGAAGAAUCAGAGGAGAGUAUUGUUGGAGCAGAGGUCUUAGAAGUAGAUCCAGAGAAGUUGAAAAUGCAAAACCUUCUUUGCUUGAUUGCUCUGCAGACUGCAGAAGGAUCGUUUUCUAAAGAUAAACAUAUUUUCUCUGUGUGUGAACUUGAUGAGGAGAAGGUGGAGAUGGUUCGAGGGAGUCUGGAUGAGAAAGUGUUCUAUACAAGCCUAGUCCUCCUCCUCUUGGAGUUGAGGUUUCUGGAGCUCAAGGACUGCUGGGAGAUGGUGGCGGAGAAAGGAAAACUCUGGAGACAGAAUAAAUCCGUCCCGGAUACUUUAAACCAAGAUCUUCUGCAGAUUUUAAAGAAUUAAUCUUAAUCUUAAUCUGACAGCACAAACUAACUUAAAAAAUGCUUUUAUUAUCAUCACAUUAUAAACUGCAACUUU